AUGGCUGCGGUAAGGAAAGCUGCGCAGAUUAGAUUGCCUCCUCUUCCGAGUAUCAAAGAUGUCAUCAGGUUGUAUAAGUUGCGCGCACUCAAGGAACUGUCUCAAAACUUUCUGUUGGAGCCCCGGUUGAUCGAUAAAAUAGUGCGCGCCGCUGGAAAUAUAGAGAACCAUGUAGUGUGUGAAGUUGGACCAGGCCCCGGAGGUAUAACAAGAUCCAUAAUACAGCAGGCUCCGCGCAAAGUAAUUCUCAUUGAAAAGGAUCGUCGAUUUACGCCAUCACUAGAACUCCUAGCAGACGCAUGCAGAGACAAGGUGGAUGUGGAUAUCAUCAAUGGUGACAUCUUGAAAACAGAUAUAGCUAGUUUUUUGCCUGCAGAUGUGAAGACAGAUUGGUUGGAUCCCCCACCACCUAUAAACCUUAUUGGUAACCUGCCUUUUAGUGUGUCAACAAUACUAAUCAUUCGUUGGCUAGAAAUGAUUUCCAAACAAGAAGGACCUUGGGCUUUUGGCCGUGCUAGGAUGACUUUGACCUUCCAAAAGGAGGUUGCCCAGAGAAUGGCUGCACGCAUUUUAGAUAGCCAAAGAUGUCGUUUGUCAGUUAUGUGCCAGACCUGGUGUAAUGUAAACUACAAAUUUGACAUAAAUGGUUCAGCAUUUCUACCAAAACCAGAUGUUGAUGUGGGUGUAGUGACUCUUACCCCUCUCAAGCAACCGUUGAUAAAGUUGCCUUUCAAGAUGGUAGAGAAAGUGGUGCGUCAAAUAUUCUCAAUGAGGAGAAAAUAUUCAAUUAGAGGAGCCCAGACCUUGUUUCCGGAGGAAGUGCGUGAAGAAAUGGCUUUGAAAAUGUACCAAAUGGCUGACAUUGAUCCUGUUACAAGGCCUUAUCAAAUUGCUAACAUGGAAUUUGGUAGGCUUUGUGAGGCCUACAAUGAAAUUAUUAAAAAACAUCCUGAAUUAGAAAGCUAUGAUUACCGAGCACCUAAAAACAAAAAUAAGGAAAUAGUGCAACAGGAGGCAAUGGAAGAGGAAUUAACUGACAAGAUUUUAGAAUGUAAAUAAUUUUGUAGAGGAUAUGUUAAAUAAAUUAAUUGUUUAGUUUAAAA